GACCAAACUUGUCGCCGGGGAUCCCGUUCUUCUCAGCUUGUUUGCAAUGGCGGAUCCUGUGGAUGACCUGAGUGCAGCUGGGAUCAAAGUCAGAGUGCUGAAUCUCGCUGGCAGUGAAGUGGCGGAGCUGUUGGUAUCUGGCAGGACUUCUGUGAAGGAGAUCAAACGAAAGCUGGAGCAAAGGCUGAAGGAAGAACAGAAAUUCUUUCCAGUCUGUCUGCAAGAUCUGUCUUGUGGCCAUCAGAAACUCGAGGACGCAAGCAGCUGCGAAAGCCUUAGUUGGAAAGAUGGAGAUGACGUCUCUAUCUAUUUGACUCGAAGUUCUGUUGACAUUGAGAAGUGCCUGCCGAUUCUUUGGAGCGCGGAGAGCCGUUCGAAAGCAGCUGCACUGGAAUUUCACGAAAUUGAGAAACUCUGUGCCAAGUGCGAAGAAAUCUUCCAACAUGAGCCCAUGCUCCUGGAGACCUCUGGGCCACUCACCGUGGUCGGCAACAUCCACGGGCAUUUCGAGCAGUUGCUGAAGCUUUUCGAGCAGUUUGGGACUCCAGACAAGCGACGCUAUCUUUUUCUGGGCGGCUACGUGAAUAAAGGCCCCAGAAGUCUGGACACCACCUGCCUCCUAUUUCUCUACAAGGCACAGCAGCCGGAGAAUCUAUUGCUGCUGCGCAGUAACCAUGAGGAGGGACAGAUGAGUCGAAUCUACGGCUUUUACGACGAGUGCAAAAAGCGACACAGCGUCCAUUUGUGGAAGAAUUUCUGCAGAACUUUCAACAUGAUGCCAGUUUGCGCUCUGGUGAAUGAAAAGAUCUUUUGCGUUCAUGGUGGGAUCUCACCUGAGUUGAAGAAUCUGGACCAAAUUAGGCAAUUGGAAAGGCCCUGUGCGGUGCCGGAGUCGGGACUUCUGUGCGACCUGCUCUGGGCGGAUCCGGCGAGAGGCGGCUCCGGCUGGGGCGAGAACGACCGGGGCGUCUCGGUAACCUUCGGAGCAGAUGUCGCGAAGGACUUCGUGACGAAGUUUAAGCUGGAGCUGAUCUGCCGAAGCCAUGAAGUCGUGGAAGAUGGCGUGGCAUAUUUUGCAGAUUGGACAGUGGUGACGCUUUGGAGCGUGCUAAGAUUCAAGGCGAUGGAAACGCCACACAUCGCUGCAGUCAUGGUGGUCAUGGAAGAUGGCCAGAGAACUUUCGAGUUCGUGCGGGAUUAGACCAGGAAAUUCGAGAGGAACCGACCCGUUUGGACUGGUUCUAAGCAUCACAGACUUGUGGCAAGGUGUGACCUAGACCUUCAACUUAAUCGCCGAGAAUUGGUUGAAGGGAAACUUUAC